GCAGUAAAACAGAGAGAAAAGUUCAACUUCAGGCCGGAAGUGGAGCUGAACGGAGGGAGACAGACUCACACAGCGCUGUGAGAGUGAGACAGACACAGAGAGAGAGAGAGACACACACACAGCGCUGUGAGAGUGAGACAGACAGACACAGAGAGAGAGAGAGAGAGAGAGAGACAGCGCUGUGAGAGUGAGACAGAGAGAGAGAGAGACACACACACAGCGCUGUGAGAGUGAGACAGAGAGAGAGAGAGACAGCGCUGUGAGACAGAGAGAGAGAGAGAGAGCGCUGUGAGAGUGAGACAGACAGAGAGAGAGAGAGAGAGCGCUGUGAGAGUGAGACAGAGAGAGAGCGAGCCGGAGGUGAUGAGGGUGUGAAUGAGCGGUGUGGAGAUGGGUUUACCGACCCUGGAGUUCAGUGACUCCGCAGUGGACAGUCCGAGCUUCAGAGACGCGCUGAGGAAGCAUGAAGUGGAGCUGGAGAACACCAACAAGUUCAUCAGAGAACUCAUCAAGGACGGCAACGCGCUCAUCGGCGCUCUCAACAAUUUGUCUGAAUCUGUGCUGAAGUUUGCUCAGUCUCUGCAGGAGUUUCAGUUCGAGUGCAUCGGUGACGCUGAGACAGACGACGAGGUAAACAUCGCUCAGUCUUUUAAAGAAUUCUCGAAGCUGCUGAACACCGUGGAGGAGGAGAGACGCCGCCUUAUCCAGAACGCUGACGAUGUGCUCAUCACACCUCUGGAGAAAUUCCGUAUGGAGCAGAUCGGAGCGGCCAAAGAAGGAAAGAAGAAGUUCAUGAAAGAGAGUGAGAAGUACUACUCAUCGUUGGAGAAACAUCUCAACCUGUCUUCAAAGAAAAAGGAGUUGUCACUCCAGGAGGCUGAUGCUCAGAUCGAUAGAGAGAGGCUGCUGUUCUACGACGCUUCACUCGAGUACGUCUUCAAAAUCCAGGAGGUGCAGGAGAAGAAGAAAUUCGAGUUUGUUGAGCCGCUCCUCGCCUUCCUCCAGGGUUUAUUCACUUUCUACCAUGAGGGAUACGAACUGGCUCAGGAGUUCCAACCUUACAAACAGCAGCUCCAGUUCAACCUGCAGAAUACUCGGAACAACUUCCUGAGCACGAAGCAGGAGGUGGAGAAACUGAUGAACAGAGUGAGAGCUGCAGAUCAGGACCAGAAACCACCAGGACGGUGGACCAUGGAGGGUUACCUGUACAUCCAGGAAAAACGACCUUUGGGCUGUACCUGGACACGACAUUACUGCACUUACGAUAAAGCGAGUAAGACGUUCAGCGUGACCAACACCGAGAGCAAGAGCUCCAACAAACAGAGUGACGUCGUGUCGAACCCAACGGAAGUGUUCAAGCUCAAGUCGUGCAUCAGGAGAAAAACCGACUCCAUCGACAAGCGCUUCUGUUUCGACAUCGAGGUGGUAGAGAGAAAUGCUGUGUGUCGUGGAACUCUUUUCAGACCCCUGCAGUUUUUCUGUAAAGUUCGACAUGGUAUCAUCACCUUGCAGGCUCUGUCUGAAUCUAACAGGAGGAUGUGGCUGGAAGCGAUGGACGGCAAAGAGCCAAUUUACAACCUGCCUGUAGUCCUGAGCAAGAAAGACGAGACUCAUCUGAACGAAGCUGGUUUUAAUUUUGUGAGGAAGUGCGUCAGCCUGGUGGAGGCAAGAGGCAUUAAUGUGAUGGGACUGUACCGUAUCGGAGGCGUUAACUCUAAAGUGCAGAAGCUGAUGAACACCGUCUUCUCACCUAAAGCUCCAGCAGACGUGGACUUGGACCCUGAAAUCUGGGAUAAUAAAACCAUCACCAGCGGCCUGAAGAAUUACCUCAGGUGUCUCCAUGAUCCACUCAUGACCUACAGACUGCAUGAGGAUUUCAUCACAGCUGUCAAAUCAGAUGAUCAGAAUUACAGAGUGUGUGCUGUUCAUGCUCUGGUCCAUAAACUGCCUGAGAGAAAUAAGGAAAUGCUGCAGAUUCUAAUAAAACACCUUCUUACCGUCUCGGCUCACAGUCAGACCAACAUGAUGACGGUGUCGAACCUGGGCGUGGUCUUCGGCCCCACGCUGAUGCGCUCUCAUGAGGAGACGGUGGCUGCCAUGAUGGACAUCAAGUUCCAGAACGUGGUGGUGGAGAUCCUGAUCGAGAACUUUGAUAAGAUCUUCCACCAGACUCCGGACCCUAACGUUCCCUUGGUGCAGCCUCACACUCAUCCAGAGUCACGCAGGAACAGAGCCAUCUGUCUCUCCACAGGAGCUCGAAAACCCAAAGACCCCUACACACACACACUGUGUGUCACAGACGCAGACAGUGAGACGUUCAGCAGCAGUUCCUGCAGCACUGCGAUGGGCAGCGUGGAGUCUCUCUCAUCUCACUCGUCAGAGCAGAACGUGGCCAAACUGAGCUCCUGCGCUCUUUAUAAAGAGAAGCCGCCGCUCCCGUCUCCUCUGUCCUCCAGAGGGCCCCGGGGCCAAGACUCCGGCUCCAGAGAGGAUGCAGGGCGGGCGGAUGGAGACUCUGAGGACUCGAACAGAUCACCUGCUCUGAGGAGAGCUCAUAGAAACAUCACCCAGAGCUGCAGCGCUGUCGUGAGAUCGGACUGGCUCAGCUCUUUCCCAGCACCGUCUGUCCGAUCACUCCACAGUACCGGGGAGAAACAAAGCGAUGGCAUUCCGUGGACCGACCUGCCGCCCAAACUGAGACCGAGACGGGGACAGGGACAGGACGGCGGCUCGAGCGGCGGCUACCACACCCCCGUCUCAGUAGUGGCAGUGAGAGCACUGAUGUUUGAAAGUCCCUCACUGUCGACACAAACCGGGCGAGACGCCAAGGCGAUUUACUCGUGUGAGGCAGAGCAUAGCAAUGAGCUGAGUUUCCCCCAGGGGGCGCACUUCUCAAACGUGUACCCUUCAGUGGAACCCGGCUGGCUCCAGGCCACAUACGAGGGCAAAACAGGACUCGUCCCCAAAAACUAUGUGGUUUUCAUCUGAGCCCACUCACGGAGCCCACGUCCAGCGUGUCCUGAUGGAGUAGAUGGUGUGUAGAGCUCAUCAUUGUGAAAAUGGUUGAUCUCUGGAGCUGUAACAGUCGGUGAGGUCACUGAGGUUCUAUUCAAAGCGUCCUGCUGUUCUUCAGCCUCAGGAUUGUUUUAGCAUAAAGCUCUUAGUGUUAUAAUGUUUUAUAAGCACUCAUUCAUCUGUAGGGGUUUUUUACCUUUUUAAUCUGUAGUGAAAGUCUGUGUCUUGUUAAAUCUGGUAACCAUAAGGUUUUAUUACAUCAUCUAAAAAAAACCCAGUAAAGUGAAGUGACUGCAGAUGUUACUGACCUUCAGAAGUUUUAACAUUUGCUCCACUCAGAAAUACAAGGCGUCUUUUUCCCCCAAAUAAAAACAGCGGAUGAGGUGACUGAUGUAUGAAUCCAGAAUGAUUGACAGGUGAGAAGGUGUUUUGGACUCCCUGAUAUUACUUGACCCCUGGAAGCCCCGCCCCCUUCCUCUAUCUCACAUUAGUAAUCUCGUCUCGAUUUUCUCAAUGGAAACAUACAGUGAAGCGACGUCCUCACAUUCUGUCCCAGGAGACAGAUGCGAAAUAAAAUCUAAGUGUGUGUUCUGCUUCCUAUCGCUAACAUUACACACACACACACACACACACACACACAGCUCAACGCAACACAUCACUGCUCACAGCCUCACACACACACACACAGCGUCACUUCAACACGUUUGUUUAUUUAUUAGCAUCAGAAACCAUUUUUGGUUCAUAGAAACAUUUCUAGUGUCUUCAUCUUAACUCAAACAGAUGAGCAGCACCGCACACACACACACACACACACACUCCCAUCUCCACUUUACUGAUUUGUGAAAGGCUGAGAUUGAAAACGUGCCUCAUUUUUCCUCCAUUAUUCCUCUUCAGACUGUUCUCACUCUUUCGCGUGCAGCAUGAGGAACCCGUUCUGAUGCAGUUUCAUUCUCUCGUGUUUUUGUCACCGAUAUUGUUCACAUUUUAUUGCUGUAACUUGUAAGAAAAAUGCACAUGGUCUUGUUGCCGUUAUCCAUGCAGUCUUUAAUCAGGUGUUGGAACUGAACAGGUGAAGUGAUUGAACUGAACAAUGCCUUAUCACUGUGUUAGGGUUUUUUUUUUUUUUUGCUUGUUUUCACACGUGUGAACGUUUUACUGUCAAUAAAUUUCUACACCAUAACCUCA